AUGCUACAUUAUGUAGGCGGCAAUGAAAAUGUACCGAUAGAGAAUAAUUUAUGUAUGACUGUCGAACAUAUCCGAGCUGCUGAUAAUCCACAAUCAUUUUAUCAAUGCAUUCCGCUUAGUGACCAAGAAAUUGAAAGUUAUCUUAUGGUUGACAAUAAAAUCGGAACGUGGAAAAAACGAAGCUGUCCGGAAGAGCAUCAGUUUGAUUAUAUCAAGCAAGGUUGUACUGAAAAAAAUAAAUUGCGUAGGCAACAACCAAACUGUCAACAGAACUCUGCUGCUAAAGGAUGUGAAAAAUCUUGUCAAGUGAUAAAUACAGCAGCAGUACAAAGGGGACCUUGUGAUUGGUUAUCAUCUACCUUGCAACUUGAUACUACCAACAAUGCUGCUUUCCUACAAUGCGUUCCGCAGCAAACCAGGUCUUGCGGUAUAUGGGCACCCAGGGAAUGCACUGAAGGAACAACAUUUGAUUCAAGAUUGCAAAUUUGCGCAUUUGAUCAUUUGAUGGGUUGUCCGAGAGGUUCAUUACCGGUAGGUCGAUGUGCUCAACAGCCAUUCAUCAAUGUGUGUCCUGGGAGUUCUCAAUGUACUGAGGAAUAUCAAGUUUGCUGUCAACCAAUACCAAACCUACAAACUGGUUAUGAACCACCGCUGCUACUACCUGUACCCGUUAUAAAUGAUCUUUCACCUCAAGUAUGCCCUCCCAAUACAGGGCCACCUGUAGCUGCUUGUUCACCAACGCAGUCUUGCCCACCUAGAACGACAUGUUACGCGAUUAGUGGUUUUUGUUGCGGUAUCAUAAUGGAACCGAUGCCACUGGUACAAUCUUUACCAAUUCCGGUUAUUCAACAGCAAUUACAAACACCGCCGGUACCGGUGGUGCAACAAAAUUCAUUCCAGAUUGUUCAACAACAACAAACUGUCAUUAUGUGUCCCAACGGUUUUCCUGGAACUCAACCUUGCGGUUUCAUGGAACAAUGCCCAACGAAUAGUGGUUGCUAUCGCGGUGUGUGCUGUCCAUUGCUUUGUCCCAGUGGUCAGGAUGCCACAGGAUUCUGCGGUCAGACAGAAUCAGCAACAUUAUCCUGCCCACAACAGGCUAGUUGCAUAUCGGGAUGUUGCUGUCAGCAGCCUGAGCCAAUUCGUAUGCCAAUUUGUCGGAGCGGUGUCACGGCUACUUCAAGAUGUACUGUUGAUCAGGAGUGCAGUCCAGGAAUGGAAUGCUCUAGUGGUGGCUGUUGUCCAAUACCAUUUUGUCCUACUGGAAUACAGGCAAUAGGCCGUUGUCCGUCAGGCAUGGGUUGUCCCAGCGCAUCAAUCUGUGCCAAUGGUUUGUGCUGUCCUGCGCCACGUUGUUCCUCAGGCGUUAUCGCCCUACGGAUCUGCGUAUCCAAUGCCGAGUGCGGAAAUGGUUUCGAAUGCGCUAACGGCGGUCAGCAAUGUGUCAGUGGUGUGUGCUGUCCGUUACCGGCUUGUUCAAACGGAAUUCUAUCAGCAACAGUGUGUGGAGCUGGAAAUAUUUGCCCGCAAGGUAUGGAGUGUGACAAUGGUGGUUGUUGUCCGUUGCCAAUAUGUCCAUCCGGUGCUCAACCUUCCGGACGAUGCCAGAAGAAUUCUUGUCCCAAUGGGCAGGUAUGCGAGAAAGGAAUAUGCUGUCCACUACCCGUGUGCUCUAACGGACAGCUUGCUAUCCAACUAUGCGCCUAUGGUAACAGCUGUCCGAUGGGCUACAUAUGUGAAGGACGAGGUUGCUGCUUGGAACCGCUACCACUCUGUCCGAAUGGUGUUCGUGCAUAUCAACAGUGCAACCGCGGUAUUGACUGUCCACCUGGAUUCGGUUGUACUGCAAUGGGAGCAUGCUGUCUGUUGUCAUUGGAACCGGUAUGUCCGUCAAAUCAGAAUGCAGUUUGUCAGUGUUCGCCAGCCAAUAAUUGUCCGCCGCAAACUUCAUGUACUAUGGGUACAUGUUGCACCUCAGCAUCAGUGAAUGUGUAUGAUCACGUUCCGGGAACCUCUUGUCAAACAUCAUCACAGUGCAAUGGUUUUAAUAAUGGUGGCGCGCAAUGUAUGCAGUCAAUUUGUGCAUGCAUUAAUGGUGCCGCGUCCAAUGGCGCGACUUGCCAACAAUUCAAUCCUGCUGUCUUGCUACAGGCUCGAUCAGGUUGUGAUCAGUAUGGUUCACCUUGCAAAUUCGCAUUUAGCACUGCUCGAAAGAAGCCUUUAUUCACUCCAGUUGGUAACAUCACUAAAGAACCAUUGUGGUACGCAGUGGUAACAUCACGACGUUGUUUAUGGAAUGGAUCGUUUGCCAGUUUCGAUCCGGAUAGUACUUGUCUUCCCAAUGAGAAAUGCAUAAAAGGAGAAUGCCGCAUGAAACUGUGGCCAGGUGAAUAUGGUUGUACAAGUGAUGAGGAAUGUUCGGCAAGGUGUAGCAACACUUACUGCUCAACAAAUAGUGAUAAAGGCAUAUCACAGUGUCAGUGUGCUAAUGGCAAAUUACUUUAUGGACGAUGCUUUGAUCAAUGCCCAAUAGAUUUUCAUGCAAAGGGAGCGUACUGUGAGCACGAUGACGAGGAUCAUUUUUGGACGGAUGCAAACAAGCAAAAUUCUCUUCGAGAACUUCUCAAUUCGGGAACUUGUUAG